AUGCGAUUCUUCUCAAGAAACAGGAACGUGUCAACUGCAGAUCGCGAUGAGCAUAAAGUUGCCAGAACCGCAUUGGUCCGAAGAUUGGAUUUCUUCCUAAUGACAUAUGUCUGUGUUUCUUACUGUAUGAAAUAUAUUGACCAACAAGCACAUAGUAACGCAUACGUAUCUGGUAUGAAAGAAGAACUUCAUUUCCAUGGCAACCAGUACAAUUGGGUUGGGACAUUCUUCUCGAUUGGCUAUACGAUCGGUACAAUACCCAGUCAGUUUCUCACAGCGCGUUUUCGUCCUAGUGUUAUUGUGCCUAUCUUUGAAAUCACUUGGAGUAUCCUGAUCAUGAUCAAUGCGGCUGCCAAGAAUGUCCAGCUCAUUUUUGGUAUGCGAUUUCUGAUUGGUCUCUUCGAAUCGAUCGCAUAUCCAGGUUUUGUUAGCGUACUCGCGUCUUGGUACACGCCUGCAGAGCUUGCCAAACGAGUGGCGUUUCUUCAAGCGUCCAGUGCGGCUGGAUCUAUUGGUUAUCUUCAAGCAGCCAUCUACAAAGGAUUGAAUGGCAGUCAUGGUCUAUCCAGAUGGAGAUGGCUUUUCAUCAUCGACGGAAUUAUCUCCCUUCCUAUUGCAAUCACAGGAUUCUGGCUCAUCCCUGAUACUCCCAAAACAUCUCGAGCGAUCUGGCUCAAGCCGCAUCACCUGGAAGAGGCUGAGGAACGGAUGAAGGAGAUCGGUCGAGCGCCAAAAGGCACACUCACAAUUGGCAAGGUCAUCGCUGUUUUCAAGGAAUACCCAGCUUGGUUAAUCAUGCUUUGCUACCCUCCUUGCAUACUUGCCGGUCAAGCCAUUUCGUAUUUCAACCUGUACCUAAAGAGUAAUCCUUCUGGACACAAAUUUUCAGUAUAUCAAGUCAAUCUCAUCCCUACUGGAGGUCAGGCUCUACAAAUUGUAGCCACCAUUGUAUCUGCUGCACUCUCUGAUUACUUCCAAGCCCGAGUAGCCAUGAUCUGGAUCGUCGCUGGCAUUGGAAUGUUGGGUCAUAUACUCUUGUCCGUCUGGGAUAUAGGUUUCAAUGGACAGAUCGCCGGAUACAUGCUCAUUUACUGUGCUGUUGGCUCUGGCGCUCUCCUACUCACGUGGUUUUCCGAGCUUUGUAGCGCGGAUGCCGAGGUGCGAACUCUCGUGAUUGGUCUUGCCAAUGGUAUCGGUUACGCUUGGAUAUCGGGAUUCCCGUUCAUCAUGUAUCCCGCUUCGCAAGCGCCUCAUUACAAAGUUGGGUAUCAGAUGGGAGCCGGGUUCUACGCUAUAGCCAUCACAGGUUGUACCAUCAUGGCACUGUUGGUCAGACGGUAUGGCCUUCCAUAUCAAAACGUGCCAAAAUCUCACGACAGAAUCCGCUCUGGUAGUAGCCCUGAGACUGGUAGGGAUGAGGAAGAGAAGACGCAAGGUGUAGAGGAGGCCGUGAACCGCCUCUCGGCUGGUUCGACCCGCUAA